GCCAGUGAAAAGUACGAGAAGUUUCUGCAGCGGCGCUUUCCUCGUUUCUAUGUCCUCUAUCACACAUUUAUGAGAGGGUUUCGGCACUUUUUUGAGGACGCCAGGGCCGUGCACAGGAUCAGAAUUCACAUGAUCAAAAACAGCAUGGAUUUCCAUCAGCUGCCUUACCGUGAGAUGGAGAAGCUUAGACAGUUCCACAGAGACAUGAUUAAAGCCAUUCCUCUGGUCAUCAUCUCCUUACCUCCAUUUGCCAACUACAUCGUCUUUGUUCUUAUGUACCUUUACCCUCGCCAGCUCCUGAUUCGGCACUUCUGGUCCCCGCAGCAGCUGGUGGAGUUUCAGGGAGUGUACCAUGCACAGAGGGCGAGCCACCAUCAGCCGCUGCUCACCGGACUGAAGACGGCAGCGUCGCAGCUUACAGAUGAACGACUGAAGAGCCGUCUGCUGGAACUCUGCACUAAAGUCCAAAGUGGCGCUCACCCGGUUGUCUCUGACCUCCAUGCGGUCAGGACUUUAUUUUCAGGACCUCCACUCGGGAUCAGACGGAUGGAUCCAGAUCAGAUGAGACGCCUCUGCCCUCUGCUCUUCCUAACACGCCGCCUACCAGCCUUCUGGAUUGGUACGCGCUUAAACGGCUAUGCCAUAGAGCUCAUGCUGCUGGAUCGUGCCAUCAUCCGCCUGGGCCUGCACCAGCUCAACGACGAGGAGCUUAAAGAGGCUUGUUAUUUGAGAGGGCUGAACGUGGAGAAGUUGAGUCCUGCUCAGUGUCGUGACUGGCUCUCACAAUGGUUGCAGUUCUCCGCACAUCUUAAACAAUCGGAGACCUCGCUGUAUCUCCACGGUAUGAUGCUGCUGACAGUGAACUACCCCAAACUCCCACGCAGCUGAUAAGACCUGCUUUUACCAUCGGCACUAAACAUCUGAGCACGACAAACUAUAAACAAAACGACGGCUGCUGCAAUCAGGGACCUGCCAGAGCCACACCCGAAUCAGCCGUCGAAUCCACAGAUACGUGUGCAGUAGCCGACCGCUUCUUUUCACCUGCAUGAGGCGAGUUCAUGUGGAGAUUUAUAUUGCACAGCCAGUCGUUGUCCAUAUAGGUGCACGUCCUGAAUAAAUACCGUUCUAUACAA